AUGUCGAACUCAACGCAAUCCCACGAUAAGCCCGAAGCUUCGCAGCAACCCCAACAGCAGAAGCCCCCCGUGUUGGAGGAAGACGAUGAAUUCGAGGAUUUCCCCGUUGAAGACUGGCCACAAGAAGAAACCGAACAAGCAUCUGGAUCAGCGAACGGCGCAAAUGGUCACCUGUGGGAGGAAAGCUGGGAUGAUGAUGAUGCGGCCGAGGACUUCUCGAAGCAGUUGAAGGAGGAACUGAAGAAGGUCGAAGCAUCCCGUUAG